AUGCCUACAGAUCCAGAUAGCGGGGAAGAAUGUCCUUACCUGUCUUAUCCCGUUUGGAGAAAGGCAUAUCUGGCAAAAGAUACUUUUGCCGUCUUAGUUUCUGUGACCAUUGUCAAUUUAGUCGCAAUCUUUCCAACCAUCUUGCUAAACUCCUUGGUCAUCUUAGCCGUGGCAACAAAGCAGCGACUGAGAACCAAGUCCAACACACUUCUGGCGUGUUUGGCGGGAACAGACUUGUUGACUGGACUUGUUGUGCAACCGAUCGCGAUAGCGGUUGACAUAAAGAGGAUCCUCGGUGUGGGACCAUUUUGCGUCUUGGAGAAGCUCUACCAAGUAGCCUUGUCGACAGCUGGUUUGACGUCGUCCAGUCACCUUUUUUUAAUCAGUAUUGAUCGCUAUAUUGCUAUCAAACAUCCCUUGAGGUACCAGGAGAUCGUUACUGGACGUCGGGUUAAAUGA